AUCUUGACCGUGAGUCACUUUAGUCAAAGCCUGAAAAGGUGCCAUGGAGUGGCUAACAUUAGCUUUGGAGAGGGACCUGGGAAUAGACCAGCGACAGACUGGAGCUGGACCACGACCUCAUGAAGUGGUAGCCCUAGUCCCAACCCGGUGGCUGAUGGGGCUGAGAGAGAGGAAAGUUACUCGCUGUGCAAGAUAUGAUGGUGUCGGCGAGGGAGAAAUUCGGACGUUCCUUCAGCGCUCUCAGGUUAAGUUGCCUCCUGGUUGGACUCGUGUAUGCAUCCAGGGUUUGAGGAAAAACAGGUUGGCAUACCAUCUGGCUAGAGAGUCCGGGAGCCCAGGGGAGGGACUGUCCCAGGCCUCCUUCAUGAGAAUGAUGCAGGUUGUAUCUCAGUGCAAUAACAGGAAUCUUUGGCAUGAGGCUUACCUUAAAUAUGUACAGCCUUAUGCAGGGGCCAUAGAACAAACACCGGUGCUAGCUCUUGAUGCUGUUCGCCACGCCUUGCAGAAGCUCUUUGGCACCACUUUCAUGUCCACUGACCGAGCAUCACCAUCCCUUUCCCCAGCCAGGGAUAAAGAGAAAGAAAGCACUUUCCCACCCAUCAACUCAGCUCCCAAACAGAACAUGGAUAGUCUCUGUCCAAAUGUGGUGCCUGCUGAAUGUUUGCUGGAAUCAGGGGAAGUGUUGUAUGUUGUUCUCCCGUACACGCAGUACUCUCUUCAUGACAUUGUUACCUACAGCCCAGCUAAGCUUGCCAACAGCAAUGCCAAAGUAUUGUUCAUUCUGUACCAGCUCCUGACAGCAAUGCACGCAUGUCAGGAAUCAGGACUAUCUUGUGGAGAGCUCUCCUUGCAGGAUGUAGCAGUGGAUGAACAGCUCUGCAGUCGCCUGAAGGUCAAUCUGGCUCAUUAUGAGGAUUUAGGGGAGGACAGAGCAGUAGUGAGUAACAUGACAGGGGAACAAGUGCCAAGAAGUAUUAGAGGGAAAGACAUUUCAGGUAUUAGCAGAGACCACAACGGACCACUUUGCAAGGAUUGUCGCAGUGAGCUCAAGUGUCUGGUUUUGGACUGGGUUCAUGGUCGAGUUAGUAACUUUCGCUACCUGAUGGAAUUAAACCGUUUGGCUGGAAGACGGGAAGGAGACCCCAACUAUCACCCAGUUUUACCCUGGGUGGUGGACUUCACCGUGCCGUAUGGGAGGUUCCGUGAUCUCAAAAAGUCCAAGUUUCGUCUGAAUAAAGGUGACAAACAACUGGAUUUCACAUAUGAAAUGACCAAAGAGGCUCUUGCAGUUGCUAAUGGAGGUGCGGGAAACAAUUUUGCAGCAGACCUCAGUGGACCUGUUGGUGCUGGUGGGUCAGGGCCGUCAGAUCACCUCCAUGUUCCGCAUCAUAUCUCGGACGUGUUGUCUGACAUCACCUAUUAUGUCUACAAGGCUAGACAAACUCCAAAAUCUGUACUAUGUAGCCACGUUCGUUCCCAGUGGGAACCUAAUGAAUACCCAGCUAGCAUGGAACGCAUUCAGAGUUGGACUCCAGAUGAAUGCAUACCAGAAUUCUACACAGAUCCUUCCAUAUUUCGCUCUAUUCACCCAGACAUGCCUGACCUGGAUAUACCCUCUUGGUGUAACUCCUAUGAGGAUUUUGUGGCAGCGCAUAGGCGCCUCCUAGAGAGCCGUGAGGUGUCUCAGCAGCUACACCACUGGAUUGACUUGACAUUUGGCUAUAAGCUUUCAGGUAAAGAAGCUAUUAAGGCAAAGAAUGUGUGCUUACACUUGGUGGAUAACCACACCCAUUUAACCAGCUAUGGAGUGGUUCAACUCUUUGACCAGCCCCAUCCGCCCCGGCUUGCACCAUAUCAGUAUUCCCCACCUGAGCCCCCGUCCGUGGGUCCUAUGAGCGUGUCCUCUUGGCAAAGUCCACCACUUGAAGCUAUAAUGGAAGGUGUGGAUGGAAUGGUUCAGGAGGCAACUGGAUGUGAAUCUAGUGGCUGGACAGUGCUUGACAGGGAUGAAGAACUUGAGCAGGGCAUGGAGGCUUUGGACUCAUUAGGUGCUUCUAAUGUGGUUCCAGCCACAAUAUCCUCCUCUAUCCCAUUGCCCACAGCUAGCACUGCAGGAGGGAAGACCAGUGGGGAGCACCCAACUUUAACUGUGUCGCCAUCCUCUGGAUCUUUCCCAGGUGAAGGAUCUGUUAGUGCUGCAAAUGCCCUGGGACCAGGAAUAAGAAAUUCCAUGCUACAGAGAGGAGGCCCUGCCAACAAAAAACAUGGUGAAGGUAGUCUUAGUACUUCCUCCACAGAGCACUUCAAGAUAAACUUGCCAGAUGGAUUCUUUCUGUUACAACCACUGGAAGAACUGGAGAAGCUUAAUAACUUCUUGGUGAAGGGCUUACAUGCUGAAAUUCAGCAAACAGCGUCAAGUGACAAGGACAGUAAAGAAUCAGGAGCAUUACAAAGAGCAACUCUAUCUUUCACAGAUCUCUUUCAGAGAGACAUGCAAGCCUUGGGAAUCCUCAUUGCGGAGAUUUUUAUCUCCUCUAAAAUGCGUGGUGUAAAACUAGGUGCGCCUCUAAAUGACCGCUUUCAGACAGUUAUGAAGCUUUGCUCUGCCAAUUUCCGUGAUAUUCCACUACCACUCCACCACGCUCUAGAGACCCUCCUUCGGUUCCACAAGCACUCCUCUACUACAUCAGAUAUAACAACAGUGCACGGCCUCCCUCCACCAUUAAUUUUCAAAUACGACCCAAUAUACGAGGGCCUUCCGCCUCCAAGUCCUUGGCAACUGCUGAGUACCACCCUUUCUCCUUUUCCAUUUCCAGCAUAUUUCCCUACACUGCAUCGCUUUAUUUUCUGUUACCACUCUAAGAUGGAGUCCAUUAGCAGCAUUCAGGGUCGUGACAUCAUUUUCCAUUUGUGGCAGCAACUAGAGACACUUUUGCAGGAUGACAUCACCAUGGAAGGGCUGGAGAUUCUUCUACCUUUUGUACUUGCUUUAAUGCGAGAUGAGACCACUGCGGUGUACGCUGCCUGGUACCUGUUUGAACCAAUCUCCAGAGUCCUUGGGCCACGCAAUGCCUCUAAAUACUUACUUAAGCCCCUAGUCAAUGUGUAUGAAAACCCCUGCUGCCUUCGUGGACGUUUCUACCUCUACACAGACUGCUUUGUCUUGCAGCUUAUUGUACGGCUUGGCUUACAGGCUUUCCUCUCCAGCCUUUUACCACACGUGCUACAAGUCAUCACUGGCUUCGAGAGCUGCAACACAGGCACAGGGUCUGAAUGGGAGGGCCUCAAAGUCCUAAGGGGUGGUACCAGCGGCUUGGGAGAAGAGGAAGAGGACUUUGAGUGUGGAAAUGGUGGACCGUCUUCGGUGACAACAAGUGGUAAGGUUGGAGGAGGUGGUGGUGGUGGUAGUGGAGGUGUGGGGGUUGUUGCUGAACCAGGACUACUGGAUUACUCUUCAGGUAUCAGUCUUAAUGACCAAGUGUUUCUGUCUGAUGCCGAGGACUUCCAGAGUGGUUUCUAUGUGAACAAUGGAACAUCUGGAGUUGGGAAGCAACAGAACCAAAACUCAGCAAGCAAAGACCAAGACCAGGAAUCUCUCAGUGUCGGGAAACUGAGUGACAAGAGCAGUGCCAGUGAAGUUUCUAUUGGAGAUGGAGACUCAACCAAGGACCGGGCUAGUUUAAGGUCUGCUGACAGCAGCCAGGACCUAAAGCAGGCCAGUGAUGGUGAAGAUGGAGGGGAACUGGAGGAUGAGGAAGAAACUGUGGAGAACAAGGAGAGCACAGUGCACAGAGCCCCAAGUCUUGAGCUUACUCUGUCUGGCUGCACAGAGGAGUCAGAGGCCACUGUGACCACGCUUGAAGGGGAUUUCUUAAAUGGAAUUGAGCAAGGGGAAGCAGAGAAAGAUGAGCAUGAUCCCUCAGAGAACUCAGCUGAGAAGGAGCACAAGAUUCUGUUAGACACUGUUUGCAAGACUGUUAGAUGGCUGUCAGCAAAACUUGGACCUACAGUAACAUCUCGGUAUAUAGCUAGAAACCUGCUGCGUCUGCUUACAACGUGCUAUGUUGGCCCAGAUAAACACCAGUUUGUGCCGUCUGCGACUGAGGAGAGCAGCCUGGAGAGUGUUGGAAGUGUGUACGAGAAGAAACCAGUUGUCGGAGACCAGACAGCACGGCCAGUUCUGGACUGUCUUAUCUACAUAGCUCACCUUUACGGAGAGCCUGUUCUGACCUAUCAGUACUUGCCUUACAUUGGUUACCUGGUCUCUCCUCCAUCGUCCUGCCGUCUGAAUACGCGUAAAGAGGCAGGUCUGCUCGGGGCAGUGGUGCUAAUGCAGAAGAUUAUAGUGUUCCUGUCGGACACUACUCUAAUGGACAUGCUGAUGAAGAUCAAUCAGGAUGUGCUCCUACCAUUGCUAGACCUACUGACCUCUUCUAAGAUGGGCUUUCCCAGUGGAGAGCAGACCCGUUCUGCGGUGUCUCUUAAGACUCUGAGCCUCAUGGCUUUGAUAUGCCUUCGCAUCGGGAGGGAGAUGGUACAGCAGCAUAUGGCGGACACCUUGCAAAGGUUUUUCCAGGUUUUCUCCCUGUUGCACAGCCUGCAGAAUCAGGUAAACAGUGCACCUCGCAGGGUGGUUGGAGACUGUACAUACCUAGAUGUUUUUACGCCUGAGGGAACAGAGAUUACCUGUGAGCUAGGGGUUCUGGAGGAACUACAGGCUGUUUUCAACCCCGAAAUGGCUUACGCCUCCUACAUUCCCUUCUAUUGUCUUAUUGGUGAUUCUGCUAUACGCAAACUGGUUCCCAACCAUGAACUUGUUUGGGGGCUUGCUCAGUCAUACCAUGAGAGAGUAAGCCCAGUCAGCCCUGAGCCCAACCCCUCCGCAGGGGACAGAAAUGACCCUUCCACCUCCUCUGUGGGCCACUCACCAGGCAUGGGUCGCCAGCUUGGCCGCAGCCCCUUCCCUGCUCCCUCCUCCACAUCCACUCCACUAGGCGGCGAUGUUCUGCCCGAGUCAAGCACGUUCGGUAGCCACCUGGUUGGCAACCGCAUCCAAGUAGCACGAGACACAGAGUCAGGCGGAAGUCCAAAUUUGACUUCACUGGAGACCUGGGGACGUUCUCACCCUACUCAUGCUCCUCCCACUAGCAUAGCCACCUCUACGUUUACCUCCGCCUCUGCAGGUCCCUCUUUCUCCCUCUCCUCUUCCUCAUGGGUGCUGGGCCCUACUCCAGAAGACAGUGCACUGAAACAGGAGCUACCGCGCAGCGAGCGAUCCCUGCAGGGAAACUGGUUGGCUUACUGGCAGUAUGAAAUCGGCCUCAACCAGCACUCCCACUUCCACUUCCACCAGAUCCGCCUGCAAAGCUUUCUGGGGCACUCUGGCACAGCCAAAUGCCUGGCCCCGCUGGCAGGUGAGGACUACUUCCUGUCAGGAAGCAAGGACAAAACAGUGAAACUGUGGUCGCUUUAUAACCGUGGUGACGGCACGAGGGAGGUGGAGCCCCGACUCACAUAUGUGAACCAUCGUAAGUCUGUGUUUUAUGUGGGCCAGCUGGAGGCGCUGCAGCAGGUAGUGAGCUGUGAUGGAACAGUGCAGCUGUGGGACCAGUUUACAGGAAAGCAGAUCCGUUCCUAUGAUGCUCUGGAUGGGAAAAACCCAAUUACAGCGGUCAGCACCAUGCCUGCCCCACAUUACAGUGUUGUGUUUGGCAGUGCCGACUCUGUUCUCCGCUUCAUAGACCCACGACAGCCAGGGCUACAGCAUGAGUUCCGGUUGGCCAACAGCAACAUAAAUGCAGGCCUGAUCCGCUGCCUGGCCAUCAGCCCUGGGGGGCGCACUGUGGCCGCUGGCUUCUCCUCCGGGUUUAUCAUGCUCCUGGAUGCACGGACGGGCUUAGUGCUACGGGGCUGGCAUGCCCACGAGGGAGAUAUUCUGCAAAUGAAGGCGGCUGAGGGGAACCUGUUGAUAAGUUCAUCCUCUGACCACACGAUGACUGUGUGGAAAGAACUGGAGCACAAGCAUCUUCACCAGUACAGAACUCCGUCCGAUCCCAUCCACACCUUUGACCUGUACGCUGCCCAGAUUGUAGCGGGCACGGUGGGAAACAAGAUUGGGGUCUACUCGAUGAUGGACAUCUCCGCCAACCCGGCCAGUUGCACGAAACUGAGCUCUGAGAACUUCCGUGGGACCCUCACCAGCCUGGCUGUUCUACCCACCAAGAGGCUCCUUCUCCUCGGCUCUGAAAACGGCGCCAUCAGACUCCUGGCAUAGACAAGUUCUUAAAAAGAACAAAAAAUAUUGCCAGAUUCUGUGAUGAGUUUUUAUUUUUCUUUCAUAAUGUGUACUAGUGUUACUUGUGCCACUUCUAAACCCUCCAAACAAUUAAUGGAGCAAGACUUCAUUUGCCAAUGAAGCAAGUGGAAAAUUCUUCAAAACUUCUUUUUUUUUUUUAUUAUUAUUAUUAUUU